ACCGCCUCCCGGGCAAGUUGUGAUCUCAUACGGAGGUUCAGACAUUCAUGAGCUGAGCUGGCAACAGUUUUCCACAUGGUGAUGAACAGCAAUUACGAAGUUGGACCAUCGUUACAACACAUCUGUGAAACAUGAUGAUGAAGGAGAUUGCAGCAGUGGUGUUUUUCCUGAAAAAGCUGUUCAAGAAGGUGGAAAAGUUGGAUACCCAGAAAGUGGACUUGUUUGUGGAGCGGUUGACUGUUGCACUGCAGGAGAAGUUCAGAGGGCAUUGGUAUCCUGACAACCCCAGCAAAGGACAGGCCUUCAGGUGUAUUCGGGUGAACAGGUUGCAGAGGGAGGAUCCAGAGCUGUUGCGGGCCUGCCAGGAGAGUGGGGUUCAGUACAAGGACCUUGGCCUGCCCCGAGAACUCACCCUGUGGGUGGAUCCAGGGGAGGUGUGUUGCAGGUAUGGAGAGAAAAACAUUGCUUUCACUGUUGCCAGUUUCUCUGGUGAUGAUGAGGAUGACAAAGAGGAUGUGACUAAGAAGGUGACCAGCGCUGUCGAGAGGGUGACGUCUGACUACCACUCUUGUUCCUCCUCAGAUGAGGAUAGUGGCCUCAGGGAAACCCGUCCUCCCCUUACCUUCCCUCAAAAUCGCCACAAAUACCAGAUGAUCUACCCAGCUGCUCCUUUGUGGCGUCCUCCAGUGCCCAAGCAGAAGAAGAUGUGGCCAGGUAAAGGAUAUAAUGGACCUCCACGUCCUCCUCACUAUGACUUCAGAACCCAAGGUAGACCCACCCAGCCCUUCAGACACAACGACUGGGCCCCGUCUGGCCACAGAAGGGGGCAUGGAUACGGAUACUGGGGUGGCACUCCAGGCCUGGCUCACUGUUAGGGACCACUGUAGAAAGUGUUGAUGUUAGGAUUAGCCUGUUCCAGGUUCCCUGAGCUGUGAAAGGGUGACCACUAGAGCAAGCAAUAUAGUUCUUGUUGGAGGGGAAUGAGGGAGCAAACUAAAUUCACUAACAUGACUGACCAUAUUUUUAAAAACUAUUUUAGUAGUUUAAUAGUCACUCUGGAAACUCUUGAAUUUGUUUUAUUUUUUUGUGAUAAGAACAUUAACUCUUUGCACUUUAGAUAAUUUGUAAUCGUGUGAGUAAAGGAAUCUACAGUUGUAAUGGAGAAGGAAUAUUGGAAUUUGAUGUAUUUUAUAGCUAUGAAGAUAUAUGUACUGUAUUUAUAUUUGAUGGGAAAAUUGUAUGUUACCUACUGUACUGUCCAUCAAUUGUUCCAAUGAGAAUUUGUUUUAUUUAUUCACAGUGUACUCAUAUUAUGAAUUGUGCCAACCACUUAAAUUAUGAGACAUUAAACACAUUUUCUAAUCA